AUGGAGAAUAUCCAUGGAGCCCAUGACGAUGGCUUCACCUGCGGACAGUGUGGUGAACCUGGCCACAUGACUCGCCAGUGCCCGAAUGACUCUGUUCCUCUGGGAGCUAGAGACAGCAAUGCAGGCGAUGCCUAUGGCAACUACAACGACGGCAAUGGUGGAGGCUAUGGUGAAUACGCCGGUGGUGGUGACCGCGCUUGCUACAACUGUGGCCAAGAAGGCCAUAGCAAGGCCGAGUGUCCCGAGCCUCGCAAGACGGGUGCAUGCUUCAACUGUGGCCAAGAAGGUCACUCCAAGGCCGAAUGCACCGAGCCUCGCAAGAUGGGUCCUUGCUUCAACUGUGGCGAAGAAGGGGCACCUGCCGUAUCUGUGAAAAGGAAGGUCACCCAGCUGUUGAUUGUCCCGAGAGACCCCCCCGAUGUCUGCAAGAACUGCCAGGCUGAAGGCCACAAGACGAUGGAAUGCAAGGAGAAUCGCAAGUUCGAUCUCAACCUCGUUGCUGAUAUGCUUCCCCACGAAGCCUGGGCUGCAAUGAAGAAAGCCAGUGACGAAAGGGACCUUGAUGAUUUCCGCGAGGCACUCAAAAUUUACUCCAAGGCAGUCCCCCACGCCACCUGGGCGGACAUUGAGAAGAAGAUGCGAGAUGAUGACUUCAGCAUCUACAUCAUUGCUAUGGAGACCGAAGUUGACGAUGUCAUGAGCCUUAUCGAUCUUCAGGGAGUCCUUGAUCGUGAGUACGUGAUUGGAUUCUUUUUUAGCUCGAAGCCGUCGCGUGGCCACCUCCGAGACCGUUGGCCUGCGGAUGCCGAGGACAACCUCGAACGCAUGAACAACGCUGGUAUCCCCUACGAGCGCAAGGUGCCUAAGUGUCUGAACUGUGGAGAGUUGGGACAUAUCUCGCGCAGUUGCAAGGAGGAGCGCGCGGAGGGCAACGAUCGUGUGGAAAUCAAGUGCUCAAACUGUGAUGGGGUUGGACACCGCGUGCGCGAUUGCAGACAGCAGCGCAAGAACAAGCAUAGCUGCCGUAACUGCGGAUCUGUGGAGCAUAUUGCUUCUGAGUGCACCGAGCCCCGAUCCGCGGCUGAUGUUGAGUGCCGCAAAUGCAACGAAACUGGCCAUUUUGCCAAAGAUUGCCCGAAUGUCGCUGAUCGUGGCCCUCGCACCUGCCGGAUUGCGGUUCCGAAGACCACAUUGCUCGUGACUGUGAUCAACCUCGUGAUGUUUCUACUGUCACUUGCCGCAACUGCGAAAAGAGUAAGUGUGGUGCAUGCCAUGGAAGAUUUCCUUUUCUUUGGCGGUACAGAACUGACAACUACUAUUUUAGCCGGACAUUACUCUCGUGAUUGUGAUCAGCCUAAGGAUUGGUCGAAGGUCCAGUGCAAGAACUGCGGCGAAAUGGGUCACACCGUUGUCCGUUGCCGUCAGGCACCGAAAGAUGAGGAUCCUCAGGACGAACCUACCUUCUCUCCUGGCUCCCCUCAACGUGAAGAGCCUGAUUUGCUCGGCCCAGAGGCAAGCGGGGAAGCGUUCGAAUUCAAGCGCAACAACAAUGACGACUUGUGGUAA